CUUCCUUCCUUCCCCACUGGAGAGCUGAGUUGAGCGACAGGUAUGUUGUCGCCGAACCCGCUCUCUCUCUUCUGUGCUCUGCUUCUCUGCUUGCCCUUGGCCAUUGUCUUCACCAUCAACACCGCCCCCGCCACCACCACCUCCUCCUCCUCCUCCGCCGCCGCGGACGAAGACGGCGACCCUGUGCCCGUGUCGUCGACCCCAUCGCCGAAUGCCCGAUUCGACAUCAAAGCCAACCUUGAAGGCAGGAUCUUAGAAUCAAGACUCCCGAUUGAUGAAGCCCCGCCACCGCCCAUGGUCGCUGACGCCAACAACGCCGCCUCUCACCCGCCCCCUCCACCGCCCCCGCCGCCUCCGCCUCCGCCGCCGGUCAGUUACGACGAUCCGGAGGACGAGGCGCUCUUCCGGGUGGCGGCCCUGGUCAGCCCGAAGCCGAAUCGGCCCAAAAAGCUGGCCUUCAUGUUCUUGACCACAACGGGCCUCCCAUUCGCCCCACUAUGGGAGGCCUACUUCAGCAGGACCCCAAAGGGCCUCUACAACAUCUACGUACACGCCGACCCGACCCGACGACCCGGCCCGCACUUCACCGGCGUGUUCUCCGGCCGCGUCAUCCCGUCCAAGCCUUCCCGCCGGCACACCCCGACGCUCAUCUCGGCGGCGCGGAGGCUGCUCUCCCACGCGCUCCUCCACGACCCGGGCAACUCCAUGUUCGCCCUCCUGUCCCCGUCGUGCGUGCCGCUCCGCUCCUUCAACUUCACCUACCGGACCCUGGCCAAGUCGCGGAGGAGCUUCAUCGAGAUACUCAAGAACGAGGUGGGGACGUACGACCGGUGGGCGGCGCGCGGGCCCGACGCGAUGAUCCCUGAGGUGGGCCUGGAGGACUUCCGGAUCGGGUCCCAGUUCUGGGUGCUGACGCGGCGGCACGCCCGCGUGGCGGUGGGGGACACGCGGCUCUGGUCCAAGUUCAAGCUCCCGUGCGUGCACCGCGGCACGUGCUACCCGGAGGAGCACUACUUCCCCACCCUCCUCAGCAUGCGGGACCCGCGGGGGUGCGUGCCGUGCACACUGACCCACGUGGACUGGAAGGGGCGGACCGACGGGCACCCCCGGACUUACCGGGCGGACGAGGUGGGCCCCGAGCUGGUCCGGCGGCUCAGGAGCGAGCGGCCCAGGUACGGCGACGACGGGGCCAACGGCACCGAUCUGCUGGCGAGCCGGAGGCGCGACCCGUUCCUCUUCGCGAGGAAGUUCGCCCCAGGGGCGUCGGGAGCGCUGAUGGCCAUCGCGGGCGACGUCCUGUUCAAAGACUAGGGUGGCAUUUUGGUAAAUCUCUCGUUCCUUAAGGGGCGAUUUAACUGUAUAGAGAUCGGGCAAAGCUUUAUAUCGCGUCGUUUCGUUUGUGAUGAUGAUGAGUCAUUGAACUGUACAUCUGUUUCUGCUUAAUCUAAGAUUUGGUGGAACGUUUUU